AUGACGCAGGGAAAACAGAAAUUUAAGUGCAAGAUAUGUAACAAGGGCUGCUACUCUGCAAGAGGAGCUUUAGAACAUGAAAAUUUCCACACAGGUGAUAAGCCUUUCACUUGUAAACAUUGUGGACGUAACUAUUCUUUGUCUAAAACCCUCAAGGAUCACAUAAAGCAAAAACACAGCAAUACUAUCACAGAAGUAAACACGCACAGUUGUGUGGUUUGUUUUAAAGUGUACGAAAACCGCUCCGGAUUGCUUUCACACUACUCGUCCAACCACAAAGAACUCGGUUAUGAUUAUUCAUCAUCUUGUGAUAUUUGUAGAAAAACUUUCUCCACAAGGCAGUCACUGAAGUUGCACGAACGGACUCAUACAGGCUUCAAACCUUACGAAUGUAACAUUUGUAACAAGAGCUUUUCUCAGAAAAAUUCGUUGAAGGCACAUAACAGAGUUCAUACAGGGGAGAAACCAUAUGUUUGCAAUUAUUGUAACAAAAGGUUUGCUCAAAAUGCUCCUUAUCUAUAUCACUUGAAGACGCACACUGGUGAGAGGUCUCACUUUUGUCUGCACUGCAAAAAAGGAUUUUCAUCCUCUGGUAAUUUGAGCAAUCAUAUGAAAAGAUGUAAGAAAUACGAAAUUACAAGUGAAAUAAGCAUUAAAGGCGAACCUCUUGAAUUAGCCGAAAAAUAGUGAUCUUGCGACGAUGAUACAAUUUUAUCCUCUAAAGUACACCAAUGUACUAAGCCAAACGUGUUUUUAUACCGUCUCUGACAGUAUAAAAGACGGAACGGCAAAAACAAUUUCAUGAAUCUCUGUUUGCUUAACGGAGAAUAAACAAGCAGGUAUAAUGGUUGUACGAAUAAAUAAGCAGGUUGAUGAGACUCUUAAUCUCACGGUCGUGGGUUCGUGGCCCACGUUGGGCGCCAUUUUGUAACGUCCUGAUCGUACCAAGACCAGGGCAUUAAGCAACACCACACUGCUGGGAGGAACGAGGGGAGAAACUUCUUGAAUAUCCCUUAGGAUAUUCAAAAGAGAAACGCCCCUCGCUCCAUCCAUCAAAAUGGUGCUCUGUUUUGACUUUGCUGGUUACCGAUAUAAGAAUAAUUGGAGUAUAAAAGUACUCAGCUUUAAAUCGUUCCUUUAGGAGUCAUGUAGUUCUUCAGGAAGGGUUCCACUGUUUGUAGGAAGUAGUUGCUGCCAGUAGUUAUGGGAAAGUCUUGAGGGCUGUCUCGUAGAAAUCAUUCUGAUGCAUCAGUAGUUGGACCCAAGGUACUGUGGGCGGUUGCAAGUAAGUUUUGGUUGUGGACCCAAGGUACUAUGGGCGGAUUCAAAUCAGUUCUGCUCCCCAAGGUAGUGUGGGCUGCAGUUUGCUUCUUAAGGUAGUGUGGGCUACAGUUUGCUUCCCUAGGUAGUGGCUAGAAAAAUUAAUAUAAAGAUCAGUUUCCUUCCAAAAGAAAACACGAUCAUAAAUAAAGCUGAGUAUCCAAAGAAGAACUAUCUCAACAAAAUCCCUGAUGCAGCGUGGCAUUAUUAAAAAUAAAUAUAAACGUAAAAGUUUUAUUAAUAAAAUAUUAUAACUAUGUAAAAGAAAUAAGGUAAUCUAUUAUAUACCAAUAAAAAGAAAUAAAAUUCAAAAUGUUUUCUGGUUUAUUUGAAGAAAAAGAAAACUAAGAAAACGCCAUGCAAAAGAAAACUAUUAAAAAACUUGGGCUUAAAACUAGAUAAUGAAACUUACCCGUAUAUCUAACGGUCUAAA